ACGUCACACAAAAGCCAAAUUACUUCAGGCUGGUUAACUUGUGUUUGGUUAGGGUUAGCGCUUUGUCUGAUACAGAAAAUUCUAUAUAAGUAAAUGCAUGUCGUUAACAAGCCACUGUUUCUUUAAGAGCUGUCCCGCCCUGGGUUGAAAGUUUGGCGGCGCUUCUGACAGGCAAUAAUAGUUUGUGCUAGCAGCUAACAUAGCCGGAGUGAGAGUUUACAAGUUGGAAGCCGGAAAGCUAGUGCAACGAGUUUUAGAAACUAAAGUAAUACUAUGCGAUGCAGACACGAAGAACUUACCAUGCUGUAGGAAAAACGAUAACUGACACGGCCGAUGACAUCGCUCAAAACCCAUGGAAAUGAUUCCAUCGCACGCUUGCCUCAGGAGUCCUGCGCGUGCGAAAGUUGUGCCAGUCCAGACUUGCCUGUCUGUGCAUGUCGAGGCCGCCUGAACGCGCCAUGGCGCUGGAGAGAGAAAAGAAGGACAGGAGAUGCCGGAGCUUCUCCACCGCGAAGCAUCCACAGCACCUUGAAGGCUGAGUGAAGCAAACUAUUGCAUCUGGUAAUAAAAGGCAUGGAUAAGGAAAGAGAGAGAAGCCUGAAAAAGGAGGGAGGAGAGGAGGAUCCGCAAGGGGAACUGGAGAGGUGUGCAGGGAAAGACGGAUCGACAGAGUUGCACCACAGCGGAGAGGAACAGUCUGACCUGGGGCGGCAGCACCAAGGGAGAGAGGGAGAGGAACAGGUCAACACAGGGAUGAAGGGGAAUGAAAGAAAGGGAAAAGAAAAAGAAAUGAAUGGACGGAAAGAGGGGAGGGUGAAGGAAGGCCAACGACGGGACGAAGAGAGUAUGGAGGACCACGGUGCUGAAGAACCUGCAAUUCCAUCUCUCUCUGCGUCUUCGUCCCUCUGUCUCGCAGAUGCCUGGCCUUCCUCUACGUCUUCCUCCUCCUCCUCUUCCUCACACCCUGCCCGUCCCGUUCCUCCCUCCUCCUCCUCUCCCUCCUCCUCUUCUCCGCCCCGUCUCUCGCCUCCCCUCCCUCCCUCAGCGGACGUCUCCGUGGUUCUGGCGGGCACCAGGCUGACGCUGGACGUGUAUCUGGGGGGGGCGGGCGCGCUCCCCGCCCUGUGGGAGCGGGCCCCGGAGCGGCUGGGGGGGGUGCAGUUCCUGCGGCUCGGCUCGGAGGACGGUGACGGCCUGGAGGGGGCGCUCACGGUCCUGCCCCGCCUUACGCAACUGCGCUCGCUGGCCAUACGAGGUCACUGCCUGCCAGAUGCUUCGGGCGACCCCCUCCCUGGCCUCCUCUCCUCCCUCCCCCCGUCCCUCUCUUCCCUGACCUCCCUCACCCACCUGGACCUCUCUUUUAACCGCCUCUCCUCCUUCCCGGCCUGCCUGCUCUCCCUGCCCCUCCUCUCCUCUCUCCUCCUCUCCCACAACCUCCUGACGUCCCUGCCCCCCUCGGUGGGCGAGCUGCGCUCCCUGACGUUCCUCUCCCUCCUGGGGAACCAGCUGCAGGCCGUGCCGCCCGGCCUGGGCCAGCUGGAGGCGCUGCGCACCCUGGACCUGUCCCAUAACCAGCUGGAGGGCCUGCCUGCCGAGCUGGGCCUGCUGGGGGGCCUGCAGAGCCUGGAGCUCUCGCACAACAGGCUGAGAGAGCUGCCCGUCACGCUGGGUAAGGGGCGGGGCUAUACUCGGAAGGGGCGGGCUUAUGGAGGGGGAGGGGCUGUAAUCAGAAGGGCCUGGGCGGGAGGAGUGACGCUUAACAAGUGGGAGGACCUGCGCUUGGUGUGUCAUAUUGUAGGCCAAAAGGAAACCGAACUUCCAGAGUUGCACCUUGGACCCAAGCAACAUUGGUUCUCUGUGAGUGAGACCGGCUGCCACGUGUUCCUGCCCGGGGGGGCGGAGCUUCUCUUCCCCCGGGGGGCCGUGGCGACCACGCGGCGGCUGAAGUGGGCGGAGAAGAGGCCAGACAGGAAGUGGGUGCAGCUGGAGGAACACGACUUCCUCCUGAGCCGGCCGCUGGAACUCCUGCCACACGGCACGGCUUUCCUGGAGCCAGUAGAGGUGUGUGUGCCCUACCAUCGGUCUCGGAGGGGGGAGGUGGUGGUCCGCCGAUUCGAUGGCCAGUCCUGGAGUACACUACAAACUGUGACCAGGAGGGGGAGCCAGAGGCACAGCGUCCGGCCAGGAGGACGUCCAGCACGGCUGGCCUGCUGCUCGGUGAGGCAGUUCUCCUGGUUUGUGGCAGUCUCUCGUCUGGUGAGGGACAGUUGCUGUGUGUCGCCAGAGGGGGCGCUGUUGGUGUCCCGCGUUGAUCCGGGAAUCAAACUGACGUUUCCCCCUUUGUCCACCCUCCAGAACCGCACAGUCGUGCUUCAGGUCCUGCAGGUGGAGGUGUCGGAGGUGCAGAAGCUGACUGGAGAUCCCCAGGCCAGUGUCAGCCCUCUGCUGUGCCUCUCCCAGUCUCCCAGCAUGCCCUUCCUGCAGCCAAUCAGAGUUCAGGUCCCACUGCCCCCUGGACUCACUGGUCACACGGUAGACGUGUCGUGCCUCUACCUGCUGCACGGGGACCAGGCGGCCCAAACCUGGACCGACGUCACCCCCCAGUCCUCUCUCCAAAUCACGCACCUCUACGCCAUCUUUACUGUGACCCACUUCUCCUGGUACUGGUUGUGGUACACCACUAAGCGCAGCGUGAGCGGGGUGGUGAGGAAGGUUUAUCACAGGCUUCGGCAGUUCCGGGUGCAGUUCCUGGUCCUGCAGAGGAAGGCCGACCCGAUGCAGGUGCUGCUGCAGUGUCUGCCGACGGGCAAGGUGGACAGCACGGUGCAGUCUCUCUCUGCCCUGUACGAGGGACCCCAGCCCUCUGACCUGUGUGAGCUGAUGGAAGGAGAGCAGUUUUUCGCCGGGUUUGAGAGGGGCAUCGACAUCAACACAGACCGGCCCGACUGCAUUGAAGGACGUCUUUCCUUCGCCUUCUACUCCCACUUGAAGAAUCACAAAGAGGUGUACAUCUGCCCCAGCCGGGACACGCAGGAGCCCGUGAGAGGGCAGGUUUCAUUUUACAGAGGGGAGAUGCCCAGUGACAUCCCGCCGGAGGUGGCGUGCAAGAGGAAGGGCCACGACAGCAAAUGGCUGGCCACCCUGCCUCUGAGACUUCCUGGAGCCUCGUCCGACAAGGGCGAGGUGGAGGAGCUCCAGUACCCGCCCCUGAAUUUGGGUGACCCUGAAAGUGGCUACCUGACAGAGGCCAACCUCUUGGCGAUAUCUCUGCAGAUUGGACAGGACUGGCGCUCGAUUGGCAUGAACCUGGGCAUCAGCUACCAGGAGCUGGAUCGCAUUCAGUUCAAACACAGAGACAACCUGGGAGACAUGGUCCUGGAGAUGCUCUUUCACUGGGCCAGGCGGCGCGGAGGGGCGGGGCCGGGGGCGGUGCCGGAUCUGGUGAAGGCCAUGGAGGACAGCGGGAGGCAGGACCUGGCGGACGAGAUCGAGGACAUCGUUAUCCUGGGGAGGACGAAGUACAGGGAGUCGCUGAGGAGGGUGGGGCUGGACCCCGACCCCCCCACCGUUUCCGCGGAGUAGACCGCACCGCCACCGCCCGGUACCGAUCCGUCCUGGCCGUACGAGGCUCAGAUGGGAAUAGUGGGAAAUAGAUCAGUCAUCCCUCUGAAGGACUUGUGUGCAAGCUGGAGGAUCUACUUGGACAGGAAUCAAUGAUUAAAGCUGCUUUUAUUUCAUCCUGGGAUAUACAGCAGCUAGGACUCCCAAACUGUGGAUUGGGAAUGAGAUGACACAUGAAAUUAAUAACUUGCUGUGUACACUACUUUACACUAAUACACCUGCUAAAUUCAACACCGCACCUGUUACCUGUACUCUACUAGUCGUACAGUAUACAUGUAGGGGCUUUGACAUGUUAAAAAUAUAUUUGAAUUCCCUUUGUGAGCAUAUGUAAGUAUGCAUUUAUACAAGGGUGCGGGUCACAUUAAAUGUGAUUGGUCUUUCUGUGGAUUGUGGGCUAGAUUCCGCUGGGCUAAAGGACAAUGGGACCGUUACGUGUGCGACCUUUUAGUGCGUGCCGUUAGGAUGCCGUCUGAGCAGGUGCCACCUCCCGAUCCUUUAAACAAUGCGGCGCAUUUACAUUCCACCCUCGACAUUCUGCGGAAACGCCGACGCGCAAUUCCUGCGAGGAGCUUGCCUCCACCUCAACAUCACGACCGUUAUGCUGCUGACUAAGGCAUUCCCCGAUCUCACCGAUGCUUUUUUCCCCGCAUAUGUGGACUGGUCAAAUUAAGGAAAACGUGUACGCGGUUUAUGCUGUGCGACGUAUGCUGCGCGUAUGGAACACAGCUUUGUGAACUGCGAUCUCAAACUCGACUGCCCCCGUGUGUGAGAGGUAUUUGAAGGAAGCUGUCUGCCCUCCGGGGAUCUGUAUGUGAGCCCGGACUAAAACACUGGAAAUGUGCAGCUCAUAUUUUAAAGACGUCUUGAUUUUUUAAAUGUUGUAAUUGUUGGUUCAGAUCUUACUGUUUUCACUGGAUCAUGUAGAUUUUUUAAAUGUUCUUGUUUCACAUGGAACACAGAAUAAAGAGAUAUUUUGUGGUCGACCAA